CAGCCGGUACAAGGCCCGCGCGGGCGGCGGCGCGGCCCCAUUCAUCGCGCACGGCAUGGCCGGGGGCGGCGGCGCGGAGCGGGCCCGGGCCGGGGGACUCCUGCCGCCCGCCUGCCGCCAGCCUCGCCGCAGGGAGAGCCGGGAGCGGCUGUCGGUGUGCAGCAAACUGUGCUACGCCGUCGGGGGGGCCCCUUACCAGAUCACGGGCUGCGCGCUCGGCUUCUUCCUCCAGAUCUACCUCCUGGACGUGGCGCAGCUGGACCCUUUCUCCGCUUCCAUCAUCCUGUUUGUGGGGCGAGCCUGGGAUGCUGUCACAGACCCCAUGGUGGGCUUCUUUAUCAGCAAGACAUCAUGGACCCGCUUUGGCCGCCUGAUGCCCUGGAUCAUCUUCUCCACCCCAUUCGCUGUCAUCUCCUACUUCCUCAUCUGGUUUGUGCCGGACAUCUCCAGAGGCCAAGUGAUGUGGUACCUUGUCUUCUACUGCAUCUUCCAGACCCUUGUGACGUGCUUCCACGUGCCUUACUCAGCACUGACCAUGUUCAUCAGCAGGGAGCAGAGCGAGCGGGACUCGGCCACUGCCUACCGUAUGACAGUGGAAGUGCUGGGCACUGUGCUGGGCACUGCCAUCCAGGGCCAGAUCGUGGGCAAGGCGGUUACCCCCUGCAUCGAGAGCCCCCUCUUCAUUGGCAAAGCCAACUCCUCGGUGGCCAUGGAGGAGCUGAACAUGACCCACGACACCGGCUCGCUCACAGACACUAGGAACGCCUACAUGAUCGCUGCGGGGGUCAUCGGGGGGCUCUACAUCCUCUGCGCCGUGGUGCUGUCGGUGGGCGUGCGGGAGAAGAGAGAGUCCUCUGAGCUGCAGUCGGACGAGCCUGUCUCCUUCUUCCAGGGGCUGAAGCUGGUGAUGAACCACGGUGCCUACAUCAAGCUCAUUGCCGGCUUCCUCUUCACCUCCCUGGCCUUCAUGCUGCUGGAGGGGAACUUUGCCCUCUUCUGCACCUACACCCUGGGCUUCCGCAACGAGUUCCAGAACGUCCUCCUGGCCAUCAUGCUCUCGGCCACCUUGACCAUUCCCCUCUGGCAGUGGUUCCUUACCCGCUUUGGGAAGAAGAUGGCUGUCUACGUGGGCAUCUCGUCUGCCAUCCCCUUCCUCAUCAUGGUGGUUGUCCUGGACAGUAACCUCAUCGUCACUUACAUCGUGGCUGUUGCAGCUGGGAUCAGCGUCGCAGCCGCCUUCCUCCUGCCCUGGUCCAUGCUCCCGGAUGUCAUAGAUGACUUCAAGCUGCAGCAUCCUGACUCCCAUGGCCAUGAAGCCAUUUUCUUCUCCUUUUAUGUCUUCUUCACCAAGUUUACCUCUGGCGUCUCCCUGGGCAUCUCCACACUUAGCUUAGACUUUGCAGGGUACCAGACCCGGGGCUGCUCGCAGCCCAGUGAUGUGAACUUCACCUUGAAGAUGCUGGUGUCAGCCGUACCCGUGGGACUGAUCCUGCUGGGCCUGCUCCUGUUCAAGCUGUACCCCAUUGAUGAGGAGAAGAGGAGGAAGAACAAGAAAGCCCUGCAGGACCUGAGGGAGGAGAGCAACAGCAGCUCCGAGUCGGAUAACACAGAACUGGCCAGCAUCGUGUGAGCCGCACCGGGGCUCUCCGGGGGGACCCUGCCCUGCAGGGCUGGAGCAGCCACCGCGGGCUCAGAGCAUCCACGACCCGAGCAUGAGAUCUGUGCGGGUCUUGUGCCUUCCCCGGGAUCCACGGAGCGCUGGUAGUGUACAUUACACAGAUAGACCCUGCCUCAUGAGACAGAAGCACUAUUCCCUGCUGGGUCCCGGGGAGCAGGAAAAGCCUGGAGCGGGAUCCUUGUGCCCAUCGGUGCCUGGCUGCUGCGGGGCCGAUGCCUGUGGGACCGGCGGUAAUGGUUAGUGUACAUUACACUGUCAAUGUGACCGCGCCAAGGACGUGGGCUCACCUCUGCUGUCUGUACAUAGGACACCCAUUUGGAAAGCUGUUCUUUUUUUAUAGAUCCUAAUUAACUUAAUGAUGUAAAUACGAAACCAUUUCCUAUUUGUAUAUGUCUGUACAGAGACGGAACUCGAGGACCUAUUAAUAUUAAUUUACAUAAAAACGGGAAGCCAGCA